GGGGGCGUCACGGAGCUGUCACUUCGGUUUGACACAGACUAACGAAAUCAGCAGAUCCAUCUAUCCAUACCCAGGAAGAGAUCCAAGUGAAAGCAAAAGUUGUAGGGGAAAAAAUGCAGUACAACCAUUUGGGAAGAUCAGGAUUGAAGGUGAGCACGCUCUCGUUCGGCGCGUGGGUGACCUUCGGGAACCAGCUCGAUGUGAAGGAGGCGAAGUCGAUUCUCCAGUGUUGUCGCGACCAUGGCGUCAAUUUCUUCGAUAACGCCGAGGUUUACGCCAAUGGCAGAGCCGAAGAGAUCAUGGGUCAGGCGAUUCGCGAGCUGGGUUGGCGCCGAUCCGACAUCGUCGUCUCCACUAAGAUCUUCUGGGGUGGGCCUGGUCCUAACGAUAAGGGUUUGUCGCGGAAACACAUCGUCGAAGGAACCAAGUCCUCUCUCAAGCGACUUGAUAUGGAUUACGUCGAUGUGCUUUAUUGCCACAGGCCGGAUACUUCAACUCCGAUCGAGGAGACAGUGAGGGCGAUGAACUAUGUGAUAGAUAAGGGGUGGGCAUUCUACUGGGGUACAAGUGAGUGGUCAGCCCAACAGAUAACAGAGGCAUGGGCAGUUGCCGAGAGGUUGGAUCUGGUUGGGCCAAUCGUUGAGCAGCCGGAGUAUAACAUGUUCGCCAGGCACAAAGUUGAAACAGAGUUCCUCCCUCUGUACACCAACUAUGGCAUAGGUCUUACUACAUGGAGCCCACUUGCAUCUGGUGUGCUCACCGGAAAAUACAACAAGGGAGUUAUUCCUCCUGACAGCCGAUUUGCAUUGGAGAAUUACAAAAACCUGGCCAACAGGUCACUGGUAGAUGACGUACUGAGGAAAGUUAACGGCCUCAAACCAAUCGCGGAUGAACUAGGGGUGCCGUUAGCUCAGCUCGCUAUUGCUUGGUGUGCCUCAAAUCCUAACGUGUCAUCUGUCAUCACUGGUGCUACGAAAGAGUCCCAGAUCAAAGAAAACAUGAAGGCCGUUGAUGUUAUACCGUUGCUGACUCCUGCGGUCCUGGACAAGAUCGAGCAGGUGAUACAGAGCAAGCCAAAACGCCCUGAGUCGUAUCGGUGAGGAGGAUCAGGAGAUGAAUCUUUCUACUCGAUUUCCUGGUUCUUGUUCGUGUUCCGGAAACCGAGAGAUCGAUCUGGUGAUUUGUGUGUCGUUCAUUUGAUGUCUUAUGUUGUUGUACUUGUUACCGUUCUUGGCCUUCGCUAUGCAUUGGGGACAUAGACGAGAAACAGUAUCUGUUGUUUAUCCUAUGUGACAGUGGAAAUUAUAACGGAACCAUAUCGAACGGUUCAGAUCGCGCUGUUUGGCUUA